UGUGGUAAAUGUUUGUGGCCUCCCUGACGACGACUGAGGACGUGCAGUGACAUCACUGCGCGACAAGCGUCACUCGAGGAAGUUGCUCAGUUUGCGUGUUGGGAAUCCCUCACAACCACAAAAAAUGGGAACUUUAUGUGGUCCACAGGUGGAAGGGGAAAAAGCCAAUUGGGCAUCUGAAGACGGAAAUGCUCAUCAAACGAUGACUCGCUACGGGCUCCCGGCGGCUAAUUAGGAAAAGCGCGCAGACGAGUAACGAGUCACACGCUGAUGAUGUCACACCGUAACCACGUCAGAGCAGAUGUCGGAGCCCUUUCUCCUCAGAACUUGUCAGCACCGAUAGCACCAACACACACCUUUGACACGCACGCAAAGGCGGAGGCGUUUCCCCGGACAUGCUGGGAACACAUCACAAAGCUUCGAAAAUAGACAACGCGGUCAGAAGAACCACAUCAAGCCGCUCGUCUUCAUGUGGAGAAGUCGCAGCGGCUCUACUUAGAGUCUCCGGGAUGACUGAGCUCCUCAAACUCUCACGCAGUAACCCUUGUGAACCUCUCAUAGGCCUUAAGAACCACACUAGAACCUCUGAUAGGCCUUAAGAACCACACUAGAACCUCUGAUAGGUCACCAGAAUCACUUUAUACACAUAAAAGCCUCAGAUAGGAUUGCUGUAUAAAAUCUGCUGGGUCAUAAGAGCCACCUUUGAAUUUAAGUAUUUAGAGCUGCCCUAGGCUGAGCUUCGAAAUAGCCUAGAACUUUGGUAGACCUGGAACAGGUCUGAAGAAACACACUAUGAACCGGUCUUAGGUUUUGAGACCCAUCCUACUAGACCCUUAAGAACCACAUUGGAACCUGCUAUAGGUCAUCUGAAGUUACCGAGAACCACUCUAGGACCUCGGAAAGGGCUUUUAUUAGCCAACAAACAUCGAUCGGUCAUUAGAACUAAUUUAGAACCUUUUUACAUCGAUGCCAAACAGACAAUAUUUUGCUGUGCAUCAGAUGGCCUUAUCGAGGUGGUUUGAAUGUUCCUGGAGUCUUUGGAAGCAGCCUUGAACUUGGGCUCGCCUUCAGAGGGAAACCCAGGUUGGUGAAUCCCAGCUCACAUGAGCUAACACGAGAAAAGUCCAAAAUGGUCCAGGAUUGGGCUCUAAGGUCUGGCGGGGCAGAAAGAAGAAGGGAAAAAAAAAAAACGGUGAGGUUGAGGGUGGGUGGUCGUCUGCCUCGACCGCAUCAUCUGGCACUGACGCAGACAGGAAAGAUGAUGUCUACAUCAAUGCAGACAGAGUCACGGAAAGUCAAGAGGGAAGUUCAAAGUUGGGACCGCCAAGCCCGGGCUGUGGGGGUUGGUUGAUCAUCGGGGGUGCUAUGGCAGGGUGGUGCUGGGAAAGAAGCAGAGAAGGUAAAAGGGUUAGAGUUGGACGCGCGUGAGUCACAAAGACAGCGGGAGCAAGAGGGAGGGAGGGAGUCUGGCGUCCAGGGACGAGCGCAGCGCGGCAUGCGGGGGGAGAGAGAGAGAGAGAGAGAGCGAGAGCGAGCGAGUGCGGUUCCGCCCACCCAGCUGAAAGCAUUCAACUAGUGCGCCAAGGAUCAUUCAAGGAUCACUCAGCCGGGAGGAAGCGGAGAGCCGCAAGGAUCUUUGCAAAGAUCGUCAGGAGCGCCCGCACCACAAGUUGACUCGCUUUGAUUCCUCUGCUCCGGCCCGCCUGUGCGCUUUUCCACUGGCAGGACCGAUUUGGAAGUUGCCACCUAUCAAAAAGUCACCCCCUUUCGCCGCCGACAUGUCCGCGCUGACGGCGCUGAGUGGCGCCGUGCUGCUCCUGCUGCACGUGUGCCAGUCGUCUUCGGAGCUGGCCGAGCCCGCUGGGCGCUGCCCCUCCUGCGCCCUGGCCGACGUGCGCGGGAACCCGGGCGCCACAGCCCGGGGAAGCCAGGAAGAGGAGGCGGCCCAGCGGGAAGUGGUGGAGGCGGUCAAGCGACACAUCCUCAACAUGCUGCACCUCCACGCGCGCCCCAACAUCACCCGUCCGGUGCCCCGUGCCGCGCUCCUCAACGCCCUGCGCAAGCUGCACGUGGGACGGGUGGCGGACGACGGCAGCGUGCACAUCGAGGGGGAGGCCGAGGGCAGGGGGCGGGUGGGGGGCGACGGUGGCGUGGCCGGAGGGGUCGCGACCCCACCGGCCGCCACCGCCCGGACCCGCGACGAGGACGACGAGCAAGACACCACCGAGAUCAUCACCUUCGCCGAGCCCGGUGAGGCCCGGGACACAGUGACGUUCGUUCUUUCCAAAGAUGGCAGCGGCGAGGUGUCUCUGGUGGAGCAGGCCAACGUGUGGCUUUUCCUGCGAUUGGCCAAGAACAACCGCAGCCGCACCAAGGUGGCCAUUCGCCUGUUCCAGCGUGGCGCCGCCUCGUCCUCGCCGCAGGACGACGUUUUGUUGACCGAGAAGACGGUGGACACCCGCCGCAGCGGCUGGCACACCUUCCCGGUGUCGGCGGCGGUCCAGGCACUUCUGGAAGGCGGCGGCAGCGCGGCGCUCAGCGUCAGGGUGUCCUGCCCGCUCUGCGCCGACUCCGGCGCGACGCCCGUGCUUGUGUCCGGCGGCGGUGCGUCGCAGCAGCGCGCCAACCGCCGGGAGCCGUCCCAACGGGAGCAGUCGCACCGGCCCUUCCUGAUGGCGGCCGUGCGGCCCGAGGACUCGGGCGACUCGCGGCGUCGGCGCAAGCGAGGCCUGGAAUGCGACGGCAAAGUGCGCGUCUGCUGCAAGCGCCACUUCUACGUCAACUUCAAAGACAUCGGCUGGAACGACUGGAUCAUCGCGCCCGGCGGCUACCACGCCAACUACUGCGAGGGCGAGUGCCCGCCGCACGUGGCCAGCAUCACCGGCUCGGCGCUCUCCUUCCACUCCAACGUCAUCAGCCAUUACCGCAUGCGGGGCUACAGUCCCUUCGAGAACCUGCGCUCCUGCUGCGUGCCCACGCGGCUGCGAGCCAUGUCCAUGCUAUACUACAACGAAGAGCACAAGAUCAUCAAGAAGGACAUCCACAACAUGAUCGUGGACGAGUGCGGAUGCUCCUAGAUGCUCCUGAACGCUAAUUUGGUCGCGUCAGGCAGCCGCACCACGUCGGGUCACGUCCGUCCUUGGGGCACUUUCAGACAAAAAGAAGUAAAAAAA